CCCACUAUGCGAGGUAUGUAGAGUUAGAUAUCGUCGGAAUAGGUAGUACCUAGGUAGAUAGGCGGUGAUGCGGUGACCAUGAUUAUCGUGCCGCAGAACAUGGGUUCAUACAAAUAUAGGGACAACCUCUAUGUCCUGAUACGUGCUCAUGUCCGCUUUCUGCCCCCAAGGAUGGAUGUGAUAGGUUUGGUCGCGGCUUCGGCGCAACUGAUCGGCUACUGCUAUUCGGUCACUAAGGCUCUGCUUGGAGUAUUCAAAAGUAUAAAUGAAGGGCCAUCCGCAUACAACGAUCAGAAAGCUAAUAUUCGACUACUGCUAAUAAUCGUCAGUCGGUUAUCGGAACACCCUGUAGAGUCUGACGAAGAUAGAGACAUCAUCCUCUCGCUCAUCAUCGACAUAUCAAAUAUCGCUUCCCGCACGCGACAGCUCUUAGAGGAAGAGAGUUCUUUUUUAAAGAAGAUUUGGAACUGGUCUGGAAAUCGGCCUGAGAUAGCGGCAGCCUUUAACGCGCUCUCGGCAAAGCGAGAACUUCUCCAGCUUAUCGUCGCACAUAACAAUACCGCAAUUCUCUCGAACAUUACUCGGCAUUUCCGCACAGGCAACGCUAGGCAGCCGUCAAGUUGCAACGAUAAGUCGAUGGGUUGCAUCGCUAGCCGACCCACCAUGGACUCCGAAAUCAACGCCAACAGCGCCAAAGUUUACAAUCAUAGCACCAUAGAAAUCGCUGCCCUCAGCGACGAAGUCGCCGCUCUCGGCAUCCAAAAGAUAGUCGGGACUAUUCGUCGUAAGGUAAACGCGGCCGGGGCGACAGUUCAGGACUGGAGCAGAAUUGGCAUGGGGAGAACUAUCAACGAACGAUCUAGAAAAGACAAAAUGGGGUCUGCGAAUGUCCUAUCACAUAUUACGGAAUCGUAUACUGAUAGGACGGACGUAUCCGAGCUCCCAUCAUCGCGCGGCAUUUCUUACAGCCUCCCAGAGCUAGAAUCGCCAAGGAUGACACGCACGAAGGUCAACGGGGCCUUCCCGUCGAGAGCUAAGCUGCCGGGAUCUAACUUGGUGUUCGCAGGUUAUGAUUCGCCUUGAACACCCAGUAAGAGAACAGAGAUCGACCAAUCACUAGAGACACUUGAUAGAUAGAGCCAUGGGAAUCUCGGUAAGGCUUUCUAGGUAUUUAGCUACGUACUUACAGCGCCUAGAAGACGGUGAGACCUUGAGUCUGCCCGUACUGUCAUAAGCAGGGUCGGCCCCUUUUAUGGAAAGGAAUCUGUUUCGCAUAGAGUAUCAUAUAUUGGCUGCUUAUUAUCAUUUCCUUUCUUUGCUUCACAAUUAAAUAGCUCGUCA